AUGGGAGCUCAUUCCGUCACCGUCAGGCAGACCGUCACGGGUGCGCGGCUGUUCGAGGUGGCCGGUGCUGCGAGCGGCAGCGCCGAAAAGGCGGACGCUCUGGCCGCCAAAAUGAGGGAGGUCCUCAACCCCGAGGACGUCCGGGUAUCCAGACCGGUGAAAACCGCAGAGGUGCGGAUCACCGGUCUGGACGAUUCCGUGACCCCCGAGGAAGUGGUGGCGGCCGUUGCCCGCAGUGGAGAGUGUCCACCGGAUAGGGUGCGGGCCGGCGACAUACGCACCGACGCCACCGGACUCGGCGCAGUCUGGGUUCGGUGCCCUGUGGCGUCGGCGAAAAAGAUCGCCUUAGCUGGCGAAGUGAAGGUGGGCUGGGUUGCAGCGAGAGUAAAACUCCUGCAACCCCGGGCUUUGAGGUGCUUCCGGUGUCUGGAAAAGGGGCACGUCCGGGCAAAGUGCACCUCCGCAGCAGACCGUAGCGGUCUCUGCUAUCGCUGCGGUCAGCCCGGUCACAAGGCGGCCCAGUGUUCCGCCGCGCUAAACUGCUGCCUGUGUUCGGCCGCGGGAAAGCCGGCGGGACACAGAUUGGGCGGGGGAGCCUGUGGCAUGCCCACCAGCACUGCCAAAAAGGCAGGGAAGAGGAGCUCCAAGCCUGCCGGGGUAACCUCGCAGCCCCCGCAGGCUGGUAGCUCCGCGACCGACUCCCGGUCCGGGACUGUUGCCGGGGGAAUGGAUUGUCAAUAA